GUGUCACCCCGGCCUUUGCCGCCUUCCUCAAUCUUGACACUUUUGCUUACCUCGACAUUCCGACCCCCCUUCACACCCUUUUUUUUUCUUCUGGAUCGGCAACCUAAACAUCCACCUUCUAUGACACACGCAUCCAGUUGAGUAGGGGAGUCAGAAGCUGCGACAUGGCUAGUCGAGGCAACGAGGCACGCCGAGGUGAGCAGCGAAGUCAAGGUGUGCCACCUCCGCCCCCACCUCGACUAGCCGCUCGACCUCAGGCAUGGACUGAAGGGCAGCAAGCCUCGAUGACCAGCCAGUAUCACAGUCAUCCUGGAUGGAACAGCGACACUUGGUCCCAAUACGGCACGCAACCCCAAAUGUAUGCGUAUCGGCAGGAUGCUCCCGGGAUGGUGCCAACAUACCCUGCGUCGAAUCCCUACGGCCCUGACAUGUACCAGUCUGUGGGCAGUGGACCGCAAGAGGGGACUCAAACAGCUCAUCCGUAUCAGCAGAGCUACCAUUCAGCGCUCUCUGCUACGCAGCUCCAAAGUCCGUUCCCUUCCCGACAGCAAUCUUACGACUCUGCCUUUUACUAUCCUGCCGGCGUGGCGUCGUCCCCCUACUCCACAUCAUCGCCUGGGCACUCUGACCCUUCAGCUGGAACGCCAUCACUCGUCACUCAUCAUUCACCGCCGGGGCCCUCGCUCGCCACGUCUCCAGGUCCAGAGAGCAGUCAAAGGAGCUCAUCGGGAGGACCAGCACAGUCAGUGUCUCCUGCCCCUAUGGGAGACUUCCAAUACCCAGCACCGGGAGUUCAGCCGGGCCUGGAGGCCUACGCAUACAGCCAGCAUGCACAACAUCCGCUUGCGAAUGAAGGUCACAGGCCGCCCUGGACAUCAAGAGGCCCUGUGUACGGAGUGGCCUAUCAUGAGGGGAAUUUUGCAGGCGCGAACAAUGGCGUCUGGUACAGCUAUGAGCCUCAGACACAACAGCCUAAUCACGCAGCAACCCGCAGACCGCCCCUGCCGGCUAGACACGUCAGCACUUACGAGGGCGCUCCGCUAGUGUCUGGAUCUCCAUCGGGAUCUCAGCCUCGUGCCGAUACCCUCGGACAGGGCGCCAGUCGGCCUGCACAGCAUCGGGCGCCCCAUACGUGGACGCCAAGUGUACCUCAACCACCAGCUUUUGUGGGCGGGUACGGGUAUGCAGGUCACUAUCCUGUAAGCGGCAAUGCGUACUAUCCGCCGGCGCAGCAGCAUGCCUUGAACUACGCAACUGCAGCGCCACUUCAGCCAGGGUCAACACAUCAAUUUGCGAGGGUGGGCCAAUCUGCGAGUGCAGCCCGGCCUAUGCAGCCCCCAAGAUCGCGCUCCCAGGCUGGCGUUGCGCCCAUCGCUCACGAAACGGCGUAUUCGAGAGGUCGCGCAGAGGGAAAGAAAAGAUCGAACAUGCCACCAGGUGCCACUCUUCGACCCAGAGCACCCGCACCCGAUGCACCUAGGUCUCAGUUCGUGAUGUGGAUGGGGAACAUUCCCAGCAAUGCGACGUCUGAGGAGUUGCAUGGCUUCCUGUCACAGCUUACGCAGCCUGCCGACCCCUCAGCCGUUGCAGCGGCUGCUCAGGAUCCUGAUGAGCAGCAAAUCACGUCCGAGGUUUCAAACGCGGCCAAAGGUCAAGUCCCAGCCCUUGCGGCUGCUGACACUGCGUUCGAGGCCAUUUGCGAAGGGCACGGUAUCGUAUCCAUCUUCGUGAUUGCCCGGUCCAAUUGCGCAUUUGUAAAUUAUGCAACAGUCGCGCAUUUGGAUGCUGCUGUCGACUAUUUUCAUGAUAAGCAGCUGCGACCUCUAGACGCUUCGUCUGUAAGGCUCGUCUGCCGCGUUCGAAAGAAAGAGGACGAGUCGCAAGCAGGCGUGGAGGGUCAGAGAGGACGCGGAAUCCAUGUUGCGCUCGUCAAGGAAUACGAAAGACAGCAAAAGCAAAAGGCUGCUGAAUUGGAAAAGAAAGUCGACACGCAGACAGCUGCUGCCACGUCUGUUCAGGCCGCUAUCGGAAGCAACGAUGCACUGAAACAGUCACAGGGCCCAAGUACAGAAGCAGAAGCUAUAAAGUCUGCUCUUGCAGUGCCAAACGUCUCUCCCGCGGCGGAAACUGCGUCGAUGACAUCUCAACGACCUUCAAUAGGAGGAGCAACUAGCUCCAGUGGCUCGAUCUCCAUAUCGACCAAUUCUUCGCUCCUCAAACAUCAGGUCUUCAGACAACGCUUCUUCAUCCUCAAGAGCCUGUAUGUCAAGGACCUGGAUCAAUGCCUUGCGACCAGCAUCUGGGCAACUCAGCCGCACAAUGAAGCAGUUCUGGAUCAAGCAUAUCGAAACAGCGAGGCGGUGUAUCUCAUUUUCAGCGCCAAUCAAAGUGGUAACUUUUACGGUUAUGCGCGAAUGGCAGGCUCGAUAGCCACUCCACCUCGUGGCAAAGGAGACGCGCCGACGUCUGAAGGCGUCCCACGGUCAAAUGCGGGCGACGACGCCGCGAAGCUGUCCGUCAUUGCGUCUGGUCUGCCACGGGCCGCUUAUGGAGGUUCUCAGACACCGCAACCUGGUCAAGUGCGAGAGACUUCCGAAGACCAGCAACGGAUCGGUACCGCGCCUCAAACUUUGUCAGCCGCAUCGCCUGGGCUGACGCCGAACAUUGCUGCGUCUCCGCUUCAGCUGACACCCGUUGAAGAGAUCGAUCAACCCGUUGCCGAACCUUCACCGCCGAAGGUGCGAGCUCCCUUGAGCCUAGAAGACCAGACCAAGAGCAUACUCUCUGCGACCUGGCCUCCAGACACCGCUUCUCCCCCCCAUCCGCCAAGCUCUGCGGGCCGCGGUACCACUUUGUCACCCAAGCUUAUUCCCUCGCGACCUGAUUUGGAAGCUGAGAGAGGCGACGAAGAGGUGACUACGGGCAUGCAGCAAUCGAUCGCAGUUUCCACUGCUGACAACGGCAAGUCAAAGACGAUUGCGCCUGGCGCUUUGUCGCCAAUCCGAUCACUGCCCGUGCCUGCGGACUCAGAGGGUGUCAAACGCAUCGACACGGUGCAAUCAGAGCGCGACAAGCUUUCCGGCUCCCCAACCGAAUCGACAUCACUAGGCCCAGCAGAUUCUGUCUCGGUCUCGGGUGCCAACGAGCAAGCUCAAAUGUCAAUCAGGGCUAUGAUUCACAACCUACGUCUUGAGGAGCGCGAAGCGCAGCGUCAGGCCAAUGCCCUUGAGGGUCACUUGGUCGCCCUUGGCGAAGGCUCACUAGGCCCGCGCGAGGCGCAUGGUGUAGCCACUCCACGUGCUAGACCAACGGAUGCUGGCCGCACUUCGAUCCCGGAAAGCGGUCCUGGCCUUCCGAAUGUCCGAGAGAAUUACUCGUGGGGCAGACCCUUUCGCGUUCAGUGGCUCAUGUCUACUCCGCUGCCAUUCUCCAAAGUCCGCAAGCUCCGUAACCCCUGGCGCGAUGGCAAGCCCGUCAUGGUGUCAAGGGACGGCACAGAGGUGGAGCCGAACACGGGUCGACAGCUCAUUGAAGAAUGGGCGAGACAUGUUGCUAGUCUGACCAAUAGCAGACAAGAAGCAUCGAUCUCAAUGAAAAGCUCUGGUGACGAGUCAUCAGCUGUGAGCGCCCACAUCCCGGGUCUCACCGAUGAUGUCGACGACCUAUCGGAAGAGGUCGAAUUGGAUGUCAACGAUGGCAAGGUGGACAUUUGAAGAAUCAGACGUCAGAAGGAACUCGAGCUCUGGAAGCUGUCCACAAUGGCACUGAGCACAU